AACAAAACAAGAGGCAAAACAGAAAAAGUAAAUAGUAAUGCAGAAGUAAUUAAAGCGAAACUGCGCAAAAGGAAGCCGUACUAAGCUGCAUUAACUUCAUUGAGUUUGGUGGGCACAGUAAAAAAAGAAACAACAAAAUGGGAAUGUGUCUUUCCUGCUGCGGUAACAGCGCCGAGGAGACAAAUUUAAUGCCACCUCCAGACGAGCGCCGUAGGCAGCAGUUGGAGGCAGCAGAGCGUCGACGACAGGAAAACGAAUCUCGAGGUGUAAAAAAUCUGGACAAAGUGCGUCGUCAGCAGCAAAGGGCGGAGGAGAUGGAGCGCCGUGAAGAGGAGGCGGCUCGUCAAGGGGGCAACAACCCCAAUUUGCGGUGGCAAACAACUUAAAAUCGAACAUCGAAAGGAUGCAUUUUGAACCAAGCUGCCUCGAUGUGCCUUCGCUUCAAGGCAAUUUUUGUAUUACUUUUGUUUCAAACAAAUUGAAUUGUAAAUAUUGUGACCCACCCCAAAAAAAUGACUCUUUUGUGAUUGCAGCUUUUCCCCAGUAUAAUACCAAAUUUUCACCAAAAAAGAAAAGUAAAUAAAUUCCAAUUUUAAGAAUUGAAA